GUUAAUUACUUCUUGUGGGGUCUUAAUUACCCCCCAUGAGGGGCUGAUUUCCCCCAGGGUGAAUUAAUUACCCCUUGUGGGGGGGAAUUAGUUAUCCCUUAGGGGGAUUAAUUAUCCGGUGGGGGCACUUGUUACCCCCUUGGGGGGUUAAUUAUCCCUGGGGGACUAAUUAGCUUUGGGAGGCAAGUUAAUUAUUCCCUGUGGGGAGUUAAUUACCCCCACAUGGGCCUGAUUUUCCUCAGGGCGAGUUAAUUAGCCUUUUGGGGGGUGGUAGUUACCCCUUGGGGGGGGGGGAGUUAGUUACCCCUUGGGUAACUUACUUGGGUAACUAACCCAGGGUUAAUUGGGGUUAAUUAGCCAUGGGGGAGCUGAGUGACCUGGACCGGCAGAUCGAGCAGCUGCGACGCUGCGAGCUCAUCAAGGAGAGCGAGGUCAAGGCCCUCUGCGCCAAAGCCCGGGAGAUUUUGGUGGAGGAGAGCAACGUGCAGCGGGUGGAUUCCCCCGUCACGGUGAGUCGGGGGGGGAUCUAUGGGGGGACGAUGGCCGUGAGGGGGUCACUCCAUGACGGCGGUGGCUCCGGGCCCGUGUCCCCGAGCACACGCCAAGAACACGCGUGUCCCGGCAGGUGCGGGAACGUGGCGGCCAUCUUGGAGCUGGACGAGCACCUGCAGAAGGAGUUCAUCAUCUUCGAGGCGGCGCCGCAGGAGACGCGGGGGAUCCCCUCCAAGAAGCCGGUGGCCGACUAUUUCCUGUGACACCGCCCCCCAACCCGCCCCCACGUCCCCACGGGGUCACGCGUGUCCCCAAGGGGUCACCCGGGGCCACCCCAGGGCCCCCUGAGGCCACCACGUCCACGGGAGAUGGAAGGGGGCUCCUCCAAGGUGGUGGUGGCAUCUAGGAAGGCUUGGAGAUGGCGCCAAGUUUCUUGUCCCUUCCUGGGCCACCGCGGUGUCACCCACGUCCCCUGGGGCCACCCCGAGUCCCCCAUGGGAGACAUGGGAUGUCCCCUCCAAAGUGACCACUGGUGGUGGCGUCUAAGGAGGCUUGGGGACAUCCCUGUGUCCUCGGGGCACGGCGGUGUCACCUGCAUCCCCUGGAGUCACCUCGAGUCACCCCAGGGCCACCAUGUCCCCAGGAGAUACGGGGGGGUCCCCUCUGAAGUGACCACUGGUGGUGGCAUCUGAGGAGGCUUGGGGACAUCCCCGUGUCCUUGGGGCACCGCGGUGUCACCCGCAUCCCCUGGAGCCACCUCGAGUCACCCCAGGGCCACCAAGUCCCCAGGAGAUGCAGGGUGUCCCCUUCGACGUGGGCGCUGGUGGUGGCAUCUUGGAAGGCUUGGGGUGCCAUCGUGUUCCUCGUCCCCUCCCGGGCCACCACGGUGUCACCCGUGUCCCCCGGGGCCACCCGGAGUCCCCCAGGGCCACCAGGAGAUGUGGGGGGGUCCCCUCUGAAGUGACCACUGGUGGUGGCAUCUAAGGAGGCUUGGGGACAUCCCCGUGUCCCCCGGGCUCACCCCCAAAGUGGCCUUGUCCCCUCCUGUCCCCCCGGGUCACCCUCCCCCGGGGACACCCUGUGACCUUGGGGACUCCCCUGUCACCCCCCCAC